AUGAAGUUUGCCCCGAGGAUAGUUGGCACACUCAUGGUGGCUAAUUUCAGCCUGGUUUUCUGCCAGAUUCCACCUCCAUUAGCCGUGACAUGUCCCUAUCCAGUAGACCUGGUCUUCCUCCUGGACAGCUCGGAGAGUUUCAGGACGAGCGGUUUCGAGGAUGCAAAAAGCUUCAUCCAGACCGUAGUCAACUAUUUUACACUCGGAGAAAAUGACACAAGGGUGGGUGUUGUAACGUACAGCAACGCAGACGAGCAGGUCACACGAGUGAAGCUGAAUGAAAACUACACCAGAGUUGAGCUCUUAACCGAAAUACGUAACCUUCCUUACGACAGAGGUCAUACCUUCACUGGACUCGGUCUCGAUCACGUGCGCAAUGAUUCAUUUCUUGAAGUAAACGGUCGGCGAAAUGAUACUUUCGACUUUUUGAUCGUACUAACCGACGAUGAGUCCGAGGAUGAGGUCAUUCGUCCGGCACAGCUGGUACGUCAGAUGGGCAUCACUGUGUUUGUUGUGGCAGUUGGCCAGGAAAGUGACAUUAGUCAAGCUACUCUAGAGACUAUUGCUGGUACUCCAGACAGGGUGUUCAGGCUGGAGGACUAUGAUUUCCUUGUGGAUGACGAGCACCCUAGAUCUAUAAGGGAGAACAUUUGUAACGCGAGUAGACCUUGUGAUCCACAGUGUCACGCCGACGCCACCUGCCGACUAUUGGUGGGAACCUACACGUGUAUGUGUAACGUCGGAUUCGUCGGGAACGGUUUCACCUGCACAGCAAGGCAAUGUUCGGCGUUGACGGCCCCAACUAAUGGAGUGCUGAGUCCUCUAGGGCCGUACUCCUACCUAAACCAGGUUACUGUCACCUGCAACUCUGGAUACGACCUGGACGGAAUCUCUCCUGUGACGUGCCAAGAUGACGGAACAUGGAGCAACAGUGUUGGAACAUGCAGACACCUUACCAAUAAGUACAACGCGCUACCCAUCGCAGAAUGA